AUGGCUAGCUACUUGAUCACCGGGGCAAACCGGGGCCUUGGAUACGGGUUCGUCCAGGUUUUGGCCAAAAACCCAGACAACACAAUCAUUGGACUCGUUCGCGAUAAGGCGGCUGCCGAUAAAAAGCUCGCCAGCGAUGGCUACAAGAAUGUUACCUUCGUUCAAGCCGUCAUCGCUGACCGCAAGUCAGUUCUAGCUGCUCGAGAUGAGGUCAGCAAGAUCGCCGGUGGACAACUCGACUAUCUGAUCAACAAUGCCGCGGCCAUGGGCGAAGCGACAGCAACCAAACCACUUGAUGAAUACGAAGACACCCCAGAUAAGCUUGAGAAUGACCUUCUGGAAACAUUCAAGGUCAAUGUGCUCGCAGUAAUCAACACAACCAACGUCUUUUUACCACUGAUCAAGAAAGGCUCCGCCAAGAAAGUCCUCCUCAUCUCCUCUGGUAUGGCCGACCCUGAUCUGGUCAACAAUGGAGUAGUCGAUGCUGCCCCUUACUCGAUCAGCAAGGCUGCAGCGAAUAUGGCAAUUUACAAGUACAAUGCCAAAUACAAAGAUCAGGGAAUCUUGUUCUUCGCUGUUUCACCUGGCAUUGUCAAUACCGGUAAUGACAAUAGCAAGAUUGUAAAAGACUUGCAAGUUGCAUUUCCUGACUGGAAAGGCCCAUUGACUCCAACUGAAUCAGCAGAUCUGGUACUCAAAGUCUUGUAUGAUUCUAGUCUUGAGAAAGGCCAUGGUGGUUCAUUCUUGUCACACUGGGGGAACAAGCAAUGGCUUUGA